AUGUCGCUGAUUUUGGUUGUCAAGCUAUUUUCUCAUCGCAAUGUGCCGUUCUGGCGCAUACUAUGUAUGAAACGCCGCAGAUUGUCUAAUGCGCUGUAUUUUAUUUUAGAUGAGACGUGACAUUAAUUCAAAAACCUUCAUGAUUUCUCGCUACCAAAUAGUGUACAAUUGCGUAUACUUUUUGUAAACAAGAGCAGCAAAACAAGAGAAUAUAUCAAUGUUACAGUGAAAAUAAGGUGAUUUAAGCGAACAGGUUUUGUUAUUUUGAUUACGGCCAGUAAAAAGGUUCUCCAAAUGUCUGACAAGGUCGAAGAUACGGAGGAAAAGAUGGAAAGUGAACAAAGUUAUAGUAGUGAAUCUAGUAGUAGCAGUUCUUCCGAUAGUUCAAGUGGAAGUUCAGAAUGCGACGAGGAGUUAAUGGAGCCAGUUAGUAUCCUAGGCCACACUUUAGAGUUGCCGCAAGAGCUUUGUGAAGAUUAUAGCAUCUUUAAAGAGUUUUUUUCUAUAAAAACUUGGGAUAGCCUGGAAGAUAAACAUAAAGAAGAGCUUACAAAAUUAUUGCCACAAUUUAAAAACGAUCAAGAAGAAGAGAAUGAGAAAACAUUGAAAAUGCUAUUUAACCAUGAACCAUUUCAUUUCACAUCACCACUUAGCAACUUUUAUAACAAUUUAAGACAAGGUAAUUAUAGACCAGAUAUAGCUAGAAUGAGAAAGUUUCUGAAGAAAGCUAGAGCAAAACAACAAAAGCAAAAGAAUAAGUCAUAUUAUGCUAAGCUCUUACCGGAAUUGUUGAUCUCUCGGGAACGGUUGUUAGCAGCUGUUAAAGGGGCACCUCCAGGUCCUAUACCAAAGUUACCAGUUCUAGCUCCCAAAGCUUCUAACAAAAAUAAAUACAAGCCAUUAUAUAUGAGAGUGAAACAAAGAUACUUUGAAGAGUUAGCUGCUAUUUGGGGUGAGGUUGGGGGUGAGGACUCAGAGGAUCAAAAUUACCCUGAAGGUGCUCCGGAAAGGUUGAUUAAAAAGAAGAAACAGACAGUAACAGGGCAGCAAGUGGAUAACAAUGUAUCGGGGACAUUGGGUGGGUCUGAUCCUGCGCAUUUAACAUCUUUAGAAUGUCUAAAGAAGGUUUUGUCAACUCACCGAUCUAGGAGACAGUACAGAGAAAACCAUCCAGAACUCAAUACCGCUGGUAUAACCUUAGAAGACAUUAAACAAAGAGUAGCCAUGAUGAAUGGAACUAAGAAACUUAUGUUUGGUGGUGCUAAAACAGAAAGUCCUAUAAAUAAGUUACGUAAAGGUGCUAAAAAAGAAUUGAAUCAAAAAGCUUCAAAAACUGAUUCAAAGUCUGCGAUUAAAAAGUCUAAAGAAGACCAAGAUAGUAUUGAAAAUAAACCAUUGUUGCCAAAUAUUAAGAUAAAAUGUGAACCUGAAGAGUCUGACUCGGAAAGUUCCUCAUUUCUGGAUCCCGUUUCAAGUCCCAAGUUUUCUAAGAAAUUGUUGGAUCACUCGGAAAUCAAACAAGAAACUUUAGAUAAUAAGUAUCCUAACUAUACAAAUUCAAACUACAAUGAUUCUAAAUUGGAAAUAAAACAAGAACCAAUGGAUUAUGUUGGUUCAAUGCAAAACUCAAAAGUAUUACAACCAGUGCCUAUAAAAUUGGAGGAUUUAGAUGGGAUUGACAUGAUGGCAUUACCCAUAGAGUUAGCAGAUGAGUCUGGGGAAGUUUUACCAGUGGAUACAUCAACUGAGACAAAUGAGGACAAUCUGGACGCCGAUGAACUGACGGAGACAACACAUGCUAAUUUCCUAGCAUUGGUCCGAGCUUUGUUCCCAGCUAAAGCGGCCCAUAGAGCAUCUAAACAACAAUUACAGGCAAGAUGUGCCGCUGUUAUGAGGUCUCCAAUAGCACCACUUAAUACUUGGUACAAUUUAUCUGACGAUUGGUGUGGUGAACUAAAUUCAGCGUUGGACUUUCUCGCCGGACAAAGAGGACCUCAUCCUGAUGAUUUUGUACCAUAUUUGCAAUUUAUACCCGAGUCACAAACGUACCAAUGGAUAGGCGCGGGUCGUGACUGCGAUGCUAUCCUGGGCCGGCUGUGUGAACGCUGGCUUCGUGCGGUCUCCCCCCAUCACUCCACAGACCCUCCACCACCCAGUCUUUCCAGAUACCCCACGUCUUGGACAGUGCGAGCUCCUACUCCGGCAGAGAUUGCAGACUUCAGAGCUCAGGAGAGAAAGAGAUUUGCUUCCGCUACCAAACCAUUUACUUAUGUGCAGUACGGGUACAGGUCAGUGGUGGGACCUAUAGUCCGGGCUGCUGGCGGUGGUGCGACGGGGGCGCUAGUGUGCGCUCAGCGGCCACGCGGAGCCACCUUCGGCGCACUGCUUCGGGAUGCCCUCGCCAGACUGCCCAAUGGACAGGGCACGCGCACAGACCUCGUCACACUGCUCAAGAUGUCUCAAUGGAUAGCUCCAUGCACCGAGCAAGCGCUGUCGAGUGCAGUUUCAGCUGCACUAGAGAAACUUCUGGCUGUGAAGCGAGAUCCUAUUGUCAAGUACGACCAGAGAACUGCAGUGUGGACAUAUUUACAUAGAAACAGGAGUGAAGAGGACUGGUUAAAGACCAGUGGUCCUCGCGGUCGCGGAGGUAAAACAAUCCCAAUUGCACCGCCCGUUACUUCGCCGCAAACUGCAAUGGAGAUGGAAGUAGCCAGCGUUGAAGAAGUAAUAGAAAAUGCAUCUGACAGCGACGUGGAUGUAGACGACAGCGGCCCCUCCCCCGCGCCGCACCUCUCCUCCGCGCAGCUCCUCAUGCAAGCCACGCAGGCCACGCAAGUCAAACUGACACACAAACAGAAGGGCAAACUAGUCGCAACACCAACACCUAAAACAAAGAACCUCCAACCCAAACAAACUCAAAUUAAAACGCCACAAAUCAAACAAACAUUACCAAAACAGAACACACAGACAAACAUGAUCAAAGUCAAUCAGACACAAAAGAAACCUAAUAUAACUCAAAUUAAACAAACAGCUAAACAAAUAAACACAGUGCCCAAACAAAUCCCGAUACCAAAGCAGUCUCCGAAGCAAACUCAAGCAAAGACACCAGAAACUAUGAAGAUUAUCGGACAAAGUAAAGCAAAUGAAACUGGGGCUAAGUCAUAUACUUCUGUGGUUGUAACACCUAAACCAAAAGCUGCACAGAAAAUUGAAGCAUCACAGAGCAAUAUGUCUUCAAGUUUGUCUAACCAGCACACAACAAUGGUGUCCAUAGUUCAACCCGCAUCAGUCCCAUCUAUCCAACAGACACAGGCUAAGAUGGCGCAAGUAACACGAUCGCUAUUGAUACGGCCGUCUUCUUCUUCGGCACAGACUACAUCAACGGUAACCACUUUGACGAUCAACACACCUCCCACACAGACAACUCCGGCACAAAGAAGAGGUGUUGUGCGGGUGCUGAGUCCGGCCACACCAUCCUCAGGGAAGUCACUUAUCUCGCCACAAGCCUUGAUGCCGCAGAACUCACCAACAGCAAAGAAACGGACGACAACGAGCACAACGCCCGUGUCUUCUUUGACUCAGACGUCAGCGAGCGUAACUACGGUUGUAAGCAGUGUACCGACAGUGGUAACGUCAUCCGUGUCUACGCGGACCGUGCAACUGGCUGGAGGCAGGACCGUGCAGCUUGCCACCAACCAGACGGUCCACCUGCCCAGCGGACAGGCUGUGCAGCUGACUCCCGGACACACGCUCCAGCUUUCCUCCCUGCAACUGCCCACGCACAGCGUCCGACUGCCCAGUGGGCAAACAGUGCAGCUAGCCGCCCCGCAAACUGUCCGCGCGGUCGCCACAACACAAGUCAAAAACCCAAGCCCCAGACCACAAAACUCCUCCCCAACUAUCAAAUCAAACCCCCAAACGAGCCAAUCUCUCCAAAUCCCAGUGUCAACGGUCCAAUUAGGACAAACGGUACAAAUAGCGGGACAAACGGUUCAAUUAGCAGGUCAAAGUGUUCAACUAACGGGACAUACCGUGAAACUACCGAGUGGACAAAGUGUACAAGUGGCAAGCCAAAGUGUACUUCCGUCCCAAAGUGUACAAACAGUUCAGUUAGCCGGUGGUAAUGUUCAAACGGUACAAUUAAGCGGUCAAAGUGUUCAAUUAUCCGGUCAAAGUGGUCAAAUGUCCAGUGGUCAAAGUGUGCUCGCGUCACCGACUGUCCAAAUCGGCGGUCAGACUGUGCAGUUGAGCGGGCAGACGGUUCAGUUGCCUAGCGGUCAAACGUUCCAGUUGCCUAGUGGGCAAACAGUGCAGUUAUCCAGUGGUCAGACAAUACAGUUGGCAAGUGGUCAGACUAUACAGUUAGCUAACCAAACACCAAAGUCAAUAUCACAAUCUGUAAGAACACAGUCAACAGGUGACAAAACCUCGCAGCCUAUUGUUGCCAAGUUAUUAACUAAUGCACAGGGUCAAAUGAUAUCACUGGAGGGAGUAGUAGGUGGGGCACGAGCGUUGCAAGUGGCGGGCGUAGCCAACGUGGGCAACAUGAGUGGUGUGGGCAACAUGAGUAGCGUGGGCAACAUGGGAGGCAUGAGCAACGUGCGAGGGCGCGGCAGUGUGCGUGUGCUGUCGCCUUCAACGAGACUAGCGAGGCCGCUUUUACUCACAUCUGCAAAACCUUUGCACAAUAUUAUAUUACAGCAAAGCGAUGGCAGCUCCAUUCGUAUGACUUCAAGUGGUGGAACUGCGACGUCACAGACUAUAGUUUUAAGCAAUAUUGGAGGCCAAACAGUAACAACGUCUACCUCGUCGCCGCCCGUUUUGAAAUUACAACAGGUAAAUCAGAUGCAUCCAGUUAGACUACCGCAGGGGAUAAAGAUACAACAGGCAGUGCCGACGUCUUCAGUGCCGACAUCAAGCGGUGUACGCAGCGUACUAAUGGACGGGCAACAGCUCAAGUUAGUGGGAGGUCGACAUGUCUUAGCCAGAUUACUGAGACCUGCCAACCCACCGCAGUAACAUCGAACCUUGGUGUAUGUGAAUACUGGUCGUAACAUCACACGCAAGUUGCAAUGACGACUGAAAUCGUCGAAAGUUAUACAAUUUGGACCUUAUAUGUAUAUAUGUUAAAGCACUUUGUUGCUUGUGUGUUCGGAAAGUUUACUGUGGAUAUUACGUAAAAUUUAUUAAAUAAAUUUUAUUAGAAACAAUUGUAAAGUGUGAUUUGUUUUAAAAUGUUACUGAAUUCUGCGACACAAUAAACAAACUGUUUGGACAAUCGUUAAAAUGAUAAAAUACUUGCCAAGGGUUUUAUAGUCUCUGAAGUUAGCCAAUAGGUGUGGAAUUGUUAGACUUCCUUUCUCUUUCUUUUCUAUUGCUUUUGUAUAUCUUUAUCCCUUUCACCCUCAAAGUCUGCAUUUAUAAUACCUUCAGAGACUAAGAUUAUUUCAGAAUUAAAGUCGACAUUUGUAAAUAAUUUUGUACUGUAUUAGAAUUUCAGAAUGAUUGAAUGAGAUUUCUUAUGUGAUUAUGUAAAGUGAGAAAUUACUUUGUUUUACUUUCUUUUAUUUAAUUUGGUUGUGGUCAGCGCUAUGUAAGAUUAUUAAUGAAUUAUUUUAUAAGUUAUAAAUAAUAGGUUAUUUUUGAAAAUUAAUAGAAUAUAAAUUUAAUUUUGCAAAUACUAAAACUUCCAUUUUCUUAUACUUUCACUGUCUAAAUAUAUUUAUUAUAUAAACCUAUUUUGUUAUUUAGUUAGGAAAAUGUUAAAUUUAAACACGCAAAUAAGAACCUAACGAAGCAUUAAACAGACGAAACCAACAACAUAUAGCCAUCUCUUUCUGAAGUAUAUCUUUUGCUAUCAAAAAACUAACUCUCAGCUUUUAAAUUUUAUAUCAAUUUUUUAGCAGAUAGACAAUAAUUGUUAGUUAUUGUUACGUGCACAUAAGUGCAUGUUUUAUAAACGGAAUUUUUAAACUUGGUCAAUUGUCAAGGUAACUUCAAUACGGUAUAAUGCACGUCACAUCACUAGGACCAUUAUUGAAUAAAUGGACCUUUGGAACUUAUGAACUUUACUGCAGCAAAUUUGGACAUAGUAUUGGGCAGAUAGCUGCCAGACAUUUUUUAUUAUUAUGUUGGUAUCCUUAUACGACCAAUGUUUAAUUAGUCCAUUAAAUAUAAUAAACUUUAAAAUAAGUUAUCUUUUAAAUUUUAAAAGAGUCAGUUAUCUUGGUCCUAAGUCAUAUUUCCACUUAGUAGAUAGUCGUGCGACGAUGGCCGUCUUAUUGUAUAGCAUUCGCAAUGUGGCUGUGAUAGAGCAUUUAUUUCUAUAUAACUUGCCCUUACCAGUCACGCUCGGCUAGUGGAAAAAGCUACUAAUGAGGCGCGCAUUAUACGAUAUUGAUAAACACGAUAAACUAGGUACAAAGUAUGAAAAUCUACAAUUUAAUAAGCCUUUUAUAUAUGUUGUUGAAUUUCAUAUAAUAUACAAAGGCUUUAUACAAUAUUAAUGAAGAUUAAUUCAAUAUCAAAACGCAAAUCCAGUGCCUAUUUGUAAUUUAUAAUGAAUUUGUUGAUUUAUGAAUAUUUAUUGAAAGUAUUAAUUAAUAGAAAAGAUCGACAAUUGUGUUGUAAAUGUUGGUUUUCACUGUUCAACACUUGUAAACUAGAGUUUUUCUUUUUAUACAAGUGUGUCGCCAGUGAUAACCCAUGGUUAGUGCUUGUACAUAUUGAAGUCGCGGUCGCAUGCCCACAUUGGCCGCCAGGCGUUUGCGCGACCAGUUCAAAUAUCAAAAUAUCUCCGCCAUUAGUUUGAUGUUAACACUCCCAUAUAACAUAUGUGUUGUCCAAAAACGCGCUUACAACUAGAGACUGAGCUUGCGAUUUAUUCGAACCCGCGCUUACGCUCGCCGUUUUAAUGUGAACACUCUCAUACAUCAUUGUAUGUUUGAAUUUUCAUCGACCGCUCCCUCAGCCGAAACUUGAAUACGAAUAAGCACUUACAGUUUUACUGAAAUAGACUUGAAAAGAUAAUGCCGUAAAUGGCGACCUUAUGUAAGAAACAUUUGAUAAUAGUGAUGUGAAGUUUAUUUAAAUUAGAUACGAUUUAAUAGUCUGGUACGAAAUAUUUGGUUGCAAUAUCUAGUUGUAAUUCCUAAUGUAAGUCAAUUAGGUUUGUAGUAUAUUUUUUGUAUAAUAAA